CCAGCAUAUGAGCAAGCCAAAUGCCACCAUAGCCUCUAGGAAGGAUCUAGAGAGGUUCCAUGAGAUGAAGAGCAAAAUAAGGAAAGAGAUGAAAACCCUCUACAAAACUGCAGAGAAUGCCUUCGCAGAAAUGGACUUCAACGGAAACGGAUAUGUAGAAGAAGAAAAUUUUUUCCAAACACUGCUGAGUUAUAAGCUACCUUACAGCCGUGAAGAGAUUCUGAAGCUCUUCGAGCACGAGAAGUGGUUUAUUAGAGCACCUGAGAAGAAAAUAGGUUAUGAGUUAUUUAAAUAAAUCCUUCUUCCCUCACAGCUUCAUCGGCGAAGAGCAAGAGGAAGAGAAAGACGAGAUUAACUUUGAGCAAAUCAGUGAUGACAAAGUAAAGUCAGAUAUUCUGGUAGCAAGAAUGAAGAAGAUAGAAGAACUUCUGAGGCAGAAGUUCUCCAACAACUGGACCUCCAUCAGAAAGGCCUUCCUUGAUAUUGACAUGGAUUAUGAUGGAUACAUCACUGCAGAAGAUAUUGCAAGACAGUUCGGGAAAGACAAUAAGAAACUUGACUUCAGAGAUCUUAGAACAUUAAUAAAGAACAGAGACUCAAAAAGGAAAGGAAAAGUUGAUUUUAAAGACUUCUGUAGAUGGAUGGGAGGAGCUAUUGAGCCAAGCGAGACCUUCUAUUUCAGACAUGACUCCUUGAAAAACCCUCAGUACGAAGAAAACUUAGUAAAACAGAAUAAGAGCAGUGGUGAAUCUAAGAAAAUCGUAUCAGAUAAAAUUAUGAAUAGUAAUCUCAUGAAAAGAAUUCUUGACAAAAUCUCAACUCAGUGGAAGACACUCAAGAAGGCUUUUUCUGAUCUAAACCAAGGCAAAAAUGGGUGGAUCUCAGAAGUAGAUCUCAAGAAGUAUCUAGUAAACUGGGGACUCAACAUAACAGAUGAACAAUUCACUGAAUUUUAUAACUUCCUUGACUAUGACAAAGAUGGACAUAUAACCUACGAAGACUUCAAGCAAAGUGUAGGGAGUGUGAUUUCACCAGUUGAAUUCCUAUAUUUUAGGCAAGAUCUCCCUCUCCAGAAAAUUGUUAGAUGCAAGCAUUCAAAUUGCUGGGAAGAGACGAAAGGAUUGGGAAAUUACUGUCACAUGCACAAGAAAAUCGUAACAGAUAAGACUUUAAGACUUGUGUCCAAGAUCCAAAAUGAGCUGGGCAGAGAGAAUUGGAGCUCAUUUGUUUCUGAUCUCAAGAAUGGAUGUGAUUCAGUGUACCAAUACCAGAUUACUAUUAAGAAUUUUUUCAAAAUCAUCAAGAAGUAUAAUAUUAAUGUAAAUCAAGAUGACAGGAAUGAAUUGAUAGAAUGCUUCCAUCUCAAAGACGAAGGGAAUGUGAAAGAAAUCAACGUCAGGCCUAUCUUUGAUUUUGGAAAAACUAAGGCUAUCAAUAAAAUCUAUAAAACCAUCGAUCUAGAGCAAAGAGAAGAUGAUGAAGAACUUAGCAUCAACCAAAAGAAGCUUAUGAUUAUUUCUGAAGAUGACUUUUUCAAAAUACUCACGCAAAAGCCUGCCAUGCUAGAUUUCUGGAAGAAUAUUAGAAAACAAGAUGCAGACUCUAAUGGAUUUCUAACUCUUACAGAACUUAGUUCAACAUUUCAGCUAUUUUAUCCAAAGUUGAAGGGUAAAAGUCUCUUCAAGAUUUUCAAACCUUUCACUUCCAUUCAAAACAAGCAGUUGGUUGAUUAUAAGAAGUUCAAAGAUUAUAUUGACGACAGGAUGGUGGCCUAUACAUCACAGUUUGUAAUGAAGAGUCCAUCAAAGUCAGAGAUUUCUAGAAAUAACUAUAUUAGGGAAUCUCACACAACUAAUCACAAGAAUCUCCCCACUCUUGCUCGUGAUAUAAAAUCUCCUUCAAUGCUGAGGAUGGAGCAGAUGAAGGAAGAUAUUUUGAGGGCAGCUGAUUCUUCACCUUUACUAAAAGCAUCUAAACAUUUAUCAAAGCCUCAUAACGAUAUUUCUUCUCCAAAAUUAGACAUUAAGAAGAGAACAGCCCUAGAUGGCCUUAUCAGUCCAAGAAGUAGUAGAGUCAGCAUACAGAGAGGCAAGAAUCAGCAGAGAUAUAACCAGAAUCUAAUCACUGGAGGAAAAAGAGUUCUCUCUCCUGAUGGAAUUAGUGGAAAGUCUAAAUUCUCCCAAUAUUCAACCUUCUCAGCUUCCUUCUUUCCUAAAUCUAACGAUGCUUUGAAACAGAAGUUGGAGUAUGAAUGGAAGAAUAUCUUCAGAUCUCUCAGUUCUAUUGACAUAAACUCAAGUGGAUUCGUAACAAAGAAGGAAUUCACAACUUGUAUUGAGAAGAAUGGAGUCUACCUAACCAGAGAUGAGUUGGCAAAGUUGAUCAAGGCUUAUUCCCAUAAUGGAGAAGUCAACUACGUUAAGAUUUCUACAGAAUUAGGCCUUCACAAAAACUCUUUUGAUUAUAUGAGGUCUAGCCUCAAGUAUCUUAAAAAUGCAUCCUUGUUGAAGUCUAUUCAAGGAAUUAAUGACAGUAAAUCCCAACUUGGAGAAUUCAUGAAAGGAGCCAAGACUGAUAGAGUUCAUAGAGAAUCAACCAAAGGCGCUAUUAAAUUUGUUUUAGAGAAUAAGAGAGAUGCCAUUGACAAGCUUAUCAAUGGAUUUGACAAAUCUCAUUCAGGAACUAUUGACAGGAAAGACUUCACGAACAUCUUGAAGACUAUGGGGAUUUACCUAGGCCCUACUGGGUUAGCUCAGCAUAAUGUGAAGGGGGACCAAAUUGACUAUAAUUCAUUCAUCCAUGCCCACACGGCCAAUUAA